CGCGUCACACUCAGUCGUUUUGGGGUUGAAAUAAGCUUUAGUAUGAAAAUGCCGGUCUCGAUGCCAACGCACAGUCGCUGCUCGCAGUUGAAGCCGUUCCGUUGUGUCGCGCUUGAGUGGCAAUGCCAGCUAUUCUCUGCUAGAGGAGAACCACACUUCAGCCCCCAAGCAACAUGACGGACAGAUAUGCCAAUGGAGUGACCACCAGUCUGGUGGAGCCAAACGGACGCAGUUCAGCUGCUCCAGCAGGUGAUGAUGCGGAGGAGAAAAUUGUCCUGAAACGGAAGCUGACCCUCAUCAAUGGUGUGGCCAUAAUAGUGGGUACAAUUAUCGGAUCGGGCAUCUUCAUAGCCCCCACUGGAGUCUUCCGCUACACUGAAUCUGUGGGAAGCUCUCUGUUGAUUUGGUCCGCAUGUGGGAUUCUGUCCACCAUUGGAGCUCUUUGCUAUGCCGAGCUGGGCACGAGCAUCACGAGAUCUGGCGGAGAUUAUGCCUAUCUGCUGGUGUCCUUCGGUCCACUCGUGGGCUUCCUGCGGCUGUGGAUAGCUCUGCUCAUCAUCCGGCCAACCACGCAGACCAUUGUGGCUCUAACCUUCGCCCAUUAUGCCGCCAAGCCGUUUUUCCAGGACUGUGAUCCACCUGAGGGUGCCGUGAAGCUACUCGCAGCUAUUUGUUUAACUCUGCUCACGGCCAUCAACUGUCUGUCCGUUAAGGUCUCGAUGAAGGUGCAGGAUGUGUUCACGGUGGGCAAGCUGCUGGCCCUCAUCAUGAUUAUUCUGGCCGGACUCUACUACAUGGCCACGGGUCAGCUGGAGAACUUUAACAAUCCGUGGGAGGGUACCUACACCGCUCGCAACAUUGGCUAUGCCUUCUACAAUGGUCUGUUUGCCUUUGGCGGUUGGAACUACUUGAACUUCGUUACGGAGGAGCUGCAGGAUCCAUACAAAAACCUGCCGCGUGCCAUUUGGAUAGCCAUGCCCCUGGUCACGGGCAUCUAUGUUCUGGUUAAUUUGGCCUAUUUUGCCGUGGUCAGCAAGCCGGAGAUGCUCAGUUCAUUGGCCGUUGCUGUGACCUUUGGUAAUAGCGUCUUCGGACCCUUGGCCUUUAUGGUUCCCAUUUUCGUGGCAUUGAGCACCUUUGGCGGAGUGAACGGAGUCCUAUUCACAUCGGCGCGACUAUUUGCUACUGGUGCUCAGGAGGGACAUCUGCCCAAGUUUUUCCAGCUGUUCCACGUUAAGCAGCAGACUCCCAUUCCUUCCUUGAUUUUCACCUGUUUGAUGUCAUUACUCAUGCUGCUAACGGAUAAUGUGUACCAGUUGAUCAACUACUUUAGCUCGGUUUUAUGGCUUUCAGUGGUGGCCAGUAUAGCCGGAAUGUUGUGGCUAAGGCACAAGAGGCCCGACCUGCCGCGUCCCAUUAAAGUAAAUCUCGCGCUGCCCAUAAUAUUUAUGGUAAGCUGCGUGGCUCUGGUACUCCUUCCGAAUCUGGAUGAACCUGGAAAUCUACUCGUUGGCAUCGGCAUCACCCUGGCUGGCAUUCCCUUCUACUACAUCUUCAUCGCCUGGCAGAAGAAGCCCAAGUGCUACGGACGGCUGUCCAACUCUGUAGUAGAGAUUUGCCGGGCCAUCUUCAAUACCACCGUCAUUGAAUCUAACGAGGCUCUAAAGUAGAAUAUGCAGAACUGACACACGAAGAACUUGGCGCAUUUAGUUCAUACACUCGUAUUUGAUAUUCAAAAAUACUAAAUGAAAACAAAUUAUGAAACUCAAAUCUAUUAAAUUUGAGAUUUAAAUCAGUUAUAAGUUUUAAGAGGAUAAACCCUACCGCCAUUUGUAUGAUAUUUUUUGUGUUAGGCCAUUUUGGCAUUCCUCAAAACAAAAUCGGCGUCAUCGAUUGGUAUUUGUAAUAGUUUAAUCAUAUUUAUUUGAGCAACCGAGCUCCUUAGUUAACAGGUUUUACACGAAAAUAGAAGGCCUUUUCGGCUUACUUCCCACUAAAAGUUUACUUUAUAGUUUACGGCUAGGUGCUUCAUCCUGAUACCUUUUUAGCAUAAACAGGAAAUACGCUUUAAUGGGAACAAUCUAUCAAAUGUGACGUGUUUAGGGAAGCAACAACACAGCAGUACAAUAAUAAACAUAUGUUAUACUGAUGUUUUUUAACUUAAUCGCUUAGCAAAUUAAAUGUAUAAUUGCAAACAA